AUGCCGUCCUAUUGUCCAAUUUGCGCCGUGUCGGGCGCCGCCGCGGAAUUGGCACCAGCAUGCCCUCUGGCCGCCGACUUGGGAGACGAAGAAAGGAUGGAGUUCCUGACAUCCCAUGUCGCCCCGGGGGAUGUUGAUGCCCGAGAUGAGAUGGUCGAGUUCUGGUCGAGGGUGAUAGCCCACGCCUUCGAGAAAGCGGCUUGCUUGUCCCUCGACUCCAAGGUUUUGGUGACGAGCUCGCUGGACUGGGGAGGCGUGGUUGCUCCUGGGUUAGACCUUGCGAUGUCGCACAUGGUUUCGUCUGGAGAGCUUUUGGAGCGCAGCGAAAUCGUGGUGUUCAUGUGGAAGGUGAAGGGUUCUUUCGCCGUGGUGACGUUUUUUGUGUUGAUGCUCCGUCCUCUCCGGAUCGGUAAAAACAGGAACGUUCUUGAAGAUUUAGCGGAACAAGUGGUGGGGUACUGCCAACACCUUCCACCAAAUGAGAGUACCGUCUACUUGCUAGCGGCCGGUCACAGCGAGGCAAGUGCAAGCUGCCCCGUUGCGCAGCAUGCGUCGCCCUGGAACUUCGAGCAGCUUUGUCGGACUGCUGCUGCUGCUGCUGAAGACGCUGCCACUGCGACUGCAACACGCGUGGCUAGCGGUCGUGGGCCCCCCACCCCCGAGAAAUGUUCAGUCGCUGCGCCCCGGAUGCUGGCGCAUAUGUCAAGCGAUGACGUCGCUCUCUUUGCCAAGUACCUCGUCCGCACGAAGCGCGCGGUGACGGAGGGGGGCCUGCUGAAAGUACUCUUUAGGGGUGGGGGGAAUAGGGUGGCGGCGGCAGGGGCGACGGUGUCUGAGACAGAGAAAGACUUGCUGCGGCUUCGGUGCACCGUCGCUAGUCUAGAAGCGAGCGCAUCGGAUCUGGGACUGCGAAUACAGCGGGUACAGCAGGACGCCCUGAUGGAAAACCGUCGGGGGCAGAAGCGGGCGGCGCUGGUGCACUUGCGGAGGAUGAAGCAGUAUCAAGCCGCUAGGGACAAGCGGCUCUCCUCCCUCUUGACGCUGGAAACGGCGUUGGAUCAGGUGAAGCAGCUGAGGUUGGACAAGCAGGUGCUGGAGGCCCAUGAGGCUGCCACGAAUGCCCUCAAGGCCUGCAGGGAGACGCAGGGGCUGACGGUGGAGAGGGUGGAGGACACACUGGAUGCGCUGGCAGGGGAGAUGGCCGAGGCGGAGGCAGUUGGCGCCGCGCUAGGACAAGAAGGCGCCCUUCUUGGGCAAGACGAGGGAGAGACGGCAGAGCUCGAAGCAGAGCUUGACGCCCUCCUUACAGCACAGGAUAGCCCAUCGCCAUCGCCACCGCCAUCAUCAUCAUCAUCACAACCACCAGCGGUGUCGAAGGGUCCGGCAAGGGCGGGGGAACGUGAUACGGCCGCUUCGGCUUCGGCCGGUCCCGCGGCUGCCAUGCGUAGACCCUCACCGAAUGGCACUAGCGAUAGGGCGAGCGUGCCUCCUCGGAAUAAUAACCCGGGGUCACGGGAGGAUGGUGUGCCCUUACCCGCAUGACCGAUGGGGGAGAGGGGGAAAUGCCUUUUCUUAAUUAGAAUAGCUCGAGUAUUUUGUACGGUGGGCUAUUGUUGUCCGGGCUGGCGUAGUGUAAGACGGACUUGCUUGUCGUCGAACAAAUUUUGUGUCGCUGCUUGUGGAUAAUUGCUGUGGUUCUGCCCAUGGAAUGGUGUCGUGCUUCUACUGUUCGUGUUGUAUUUCCGAAGAGGCAGUCUCCCGCCAGCAGCAGCGUGCUAUUUACUUUACUUCGUUUUUGGCUCCCCUGCAGUGGCACCGAUUCGAUCACACAUACGGGGGGGGGGGGGGGGGGGGGGGGGGGGGUUACUCGCGAAAUGAAGGCGGGUCCAAUUGAUCGAGUCUUGAGAGACUUGAUUGGUUGAGGUGGUAGGUUUCCAAAAUUGAAUUGUGGGUAAAUAAUGCGGGAUAGACUACAUAGUCUAUCCCCAUGACUGAUCGAGUCUUGUGUUCUCUGUUGAGCCGCCUGCCCGGGUUGGAGCGAAGUCGUUACCUAACGCUGUAAAACGCGUGCGUUGCUUUGGAAUAUGCAUGCACAUGAAGAAGCCGGUCCAACGUCUGCUUGUGGGAGAGUUCCGGCGCAGAUUUCGGACUGUUUUCAGAGACUGCUGCAACCGUCGAUAUUUCAGCUCCAGUAGCAAACCUGAACGUGCCAGCAGGCACGAAGCUUCUUCAUGGUGUCCUCUACUGAUAACAGUACUAAUUACCAGGUUCCUGGCAACACAGACCUUAUUUGAACGCCUGUCGUAUUGGCUCUUUUGACUUGAAAUUAGAAUAGGGCGAAUUUUUAUCUUGAUUUCAAAGGGGGCGUGCGGAGGAGGUAGAUGCGUGAAAUGGAUGUUUUGAGCAGCCUCUACUCUGUCGCCCUGUGCGGGUUUGAACGAAUUCUGUUUUUUGCGAUGCCUUCCGACUGGUCUUGUGUGUCUAUUGUACAGUUUCUGGUGCUCUUGUGUAUGUUUUCAAAAUUAGUCAACAUCGAACUUGCUGUUCUGGGGGCCCUUAAUAGGACGCGAUUGGAUUCUUCAUGAACUCUACCUCUUGUUAACAUUACAUGUCGGGAAAUAGGUAGCACGGCCUGCGCAAACCCGGCGGUGCAUGCAUCCAUGCCAUUGUUGUGUUGAUUGU